AAAUGGUUGAGCUGCUUACGAUCGACGGUGAGGAAUUCGAAAUAAUGUGCAUAACGCCCGAUUUGUAUGAAGAAAGCGAAGAGCUUUUUAUGUAUGUGUUUCCAAAUUUUGGGAACAUGUGCCUAUGCACCAAUUUAAAGGAGGCGCCAGAGGCUAUGGAAGAGCUCAGGAAACUAAUGCUCGCCGUGCUCAAUGAUGGCAUCUCCUUUGCAGCCCGACAUAGGGCCACUGACCAAUUGGUGGGCAUUUGUUGUAACAAAAUUAUCAACAACAAGAAGAACAUUACUUUGGACGAAGCGUUAAAGAAUUUAAAAUCACCAGAAAUGCUCGCUAUAGAUGCGUAUUUUGAGCUUUUGGAGAAUGGUUACGAUAUUUUCAAAGAGUGGCAGGUGGAGUCUGCUUUCGAAAUAGAGUUUCUCGCCGUCCAUCCAGCUUGGGGUAAACGUGGUCUGGGCUUCAGUAUCUUAUCCCAUGCAUUGGAUUUUGCCCAUGCGAUGGCCAAGGGCGAACUGAGACCGGAUCAGAUGGCCCAUGUGUCGAAGCAAAUACGAGAGGAACAGCCACAGGUGGCCAUGGGGCUCUUCACUUCAUUCUAUACACAGAAAAUGGUUGCUAAACUAAACUUUGUAUCCAUAAAUGUUGUUCCCAUAUCGGAAAUUAGUUUUGAGAACAACACCUUUACCCAAUUCAUCGAUUCCCAGCAUGUCAAUUCGCAGUUUGCAGCCAAGAGGUUGUAGAGAAGGCAACCAUCUCAGAAAUUCUUAAAAUUUCUACAUAAUAUAAUAAUGUUGUUCGAUCAGAAGUAUUUAAAAUUUAAUUCGUACAACAUUUUAUCAUAUUUUCAAAAUUUUACUAUUAAAAUAUAUGGGACACAUUCAAGAAAUAUGAAGAUGUGAGCAUUUCAUGAUUUUUAAAAUGUAUAUAAUUUUUAUACAAGUAUCCUUGCGUAAAGCUAAAAUACAAUUAUGAACUUUA